AUGACUGCGACUUUGAGUAUGUCUGCUCGUGAACGGGCCCGUCCUCGGCGGGCCCUGGACUUUAACUUUCGCACGACGAGGCAAGAAGUCUGCUGGUUACUCGACGGGACGUUCAACUCGGCCCCUGACACACCCUCCCCCGUCUAUCCCGAUCGUUUGAUUCGGCCUCUUCCCCGACGCACCCUGCGCUCUCGACUGUCCAUCGAUGCCGCCGACACGAUCCACUACCCGCCCACCCCCCGGCAUCCCAGAUCUUCUACGGUGUCGGAGACACCGAAGAGGUGGCCCCGCACGGGAAAGCUUAUGCCCGGCAAAAAGCCUUAG